AUGAAUCAGUUUGAUUGUACAAGUAAUUGGCCAGAUGUUUUAGGAUUCUUGAAUGAGAAACGGUUCAAUUAUCUCCUCUCAGGGUUUGAUACGACAAGUUAUCAUAUUGUCAAUAUAUUAUUGCAUGCGACAGUUUGCAUUGUACUAAAUAAAGUUUUUCUGAACUUAUUAACCAUUUUUCAUGCGCAGUUUCCCAAUAAAAUUGCCUUCCGCGCAUCAUUUUUUUUCGCCAUUCAUCCAAUCCAUUCCGAAGCAGUGGCGAGUAUAGUUGGUCGCGCAGAACUGUUAAUGGCAUUAUUUACUUUAUUAGCUUUUUAUUUAUACACAAAAUCAUGGCUAAAAUCGCAUUUUUCUGUACUAUCUAAAACGAUAAUUUUGCUGUCAAGUAUUGCUGCGCUUUUUAGCAAAGAGCAAGGAAUUGCUAUUUUGCCUAUUUGUGCAAUAUUUGAAUUGUUUGCGACGAAAAUUACACCUUAUUCUUUGCUUACUUUACGCGGAAAAAAAUUGCUUCAAAAUACAAACAAAAACUUCAUUAAUCAGAAUGCAAAAACCUUGAGUGUACAUAAUUCAAUUGAGAUGAAAUUUUAUUACGAUUGUGUACAUCGUAUUGCUGUUUGUAUAUUUAUUUGCGUGAUUCUACUCGUAAUCAGAUUCUCAAUUAAUGGAUUCCAAACUCCUCAAUUUAGCAGCAACGAUAAUUUUAUCGCUAACAAUCCUUCAUUUUUUUUUAGAGUAAUGAAUCGCUGUUAUAUAUACGGUUUAUACAUUUGGUUACUACUUUAUCCAGCACAACUAUGCUUUGAUUAUUCAAUGGGAUGUAUCACAUCCAUACAAUCCAUCGCUGACCCGCGCUUUAUCAUAUCUGCAAUUUGCUUUCUAGGUCUUAUUAUUUAUAUCAUCGAUCUAUUAGUUAAUCGAUAUUCUAUGGAUGAGUACAGGCUUGAAUUAUUCUCAGUAAUAUUUUAUAUGCUAACUUUUCUUCCGGCGAGUGAUAUUUUUGUUACUGUUGGAUUUGUGCUUGCUGAACGAGUGCUAUAUUUGCCUUCAGCUGCAUUUUGUUUGACUAUCGUUAUUUUAUACGAAAGGAUAGAAUCACUUUUACUCGCGAAGAAAGUGAAAAAUAUUAUAAAAAGUAGUAUAAAAGUAAUCGCAGUACUACUUUUUGCACGAUCUUAUCAGCGAAGUUUAGAUUGGAAGAAUGAAUUAGAUUUAUACAGUAGUGGUUUAACUGUUUGUCCGAAUAAUGCAAAAAUUCAUUAUAAUAUUGCAAAAAUUAUGGCUGAUAAUGGUGAUACUGAUCGUGCUACUCUUAACUACGCAAAUGCUAUAAAACUUAAUCCUACUUAUGAACAUGCAAUGAAUAAUCUCGCUAACAUCCAUCUUAAGCAAGGUCGAGCAUCAGAAGCCGAACAAUUACUUUCGAGAGCUUUAAAAAUUAAGCCAAAAUUUCCAACUGCGUGGAUGAAUCUUGGACUUGCACAUUUGGCUCAAAAACGUUAUCAGGAUGCUCAGAAAAGCUUCGAAAAAGCACUCAGUUUACGUUUUCCGUAUCCAGAUUGUCUUUACAACAUGGGCAUACUGUAUUUCGAGCAAAACCAUAAACUCUACGCAAAACAAUUAGUCAAUCCCUCCCAUAAACAAGCCUGGCUAAAUUUACUGCUACUUUUGGAUGAAACAAAUAAUUGCAUAGAAGUUAUCAAUUUAACAAACAAAGUGCUUAACUAUCACAGCCAAGAAGCUUCAAUUAUUUCUCAGUUAGGAAUUUGUUACGGUAAACUUGAAAAGUACAGUAAGGCCGAAAAGUUUUUACUGCUUGCUGUGGAGCUUCAACCAACAAAUAUAGUUUACUGGAAAAAUAUAGGUAUUCUGUAUCAACGUUGGGGAAAGCCUGAAAAAGCAAAAUUUGCAUAUUGGAAAGCAUUUCAACUUCAAAUGUUGUUCAGAUCCAUCAAAUAA